CAAUGCCACUCUAGAAAUACUUCACAAAUUCUAGCUCCCACACCACCCUACUCCACAGAUGAACUCCAUCAUUCCCAUCAACUCUUCCCAUGUUUCUCCACUCCUUGUUCAUGCAAGAUCAAAAGAUCCCACAAACAAGCAAACCGUGGUACCAAAGGGUGAUGGAGAUUGUGAUUCUAUUGAAGCCUGCAGCAAAGUCUCCAAUAACAAAAUCUGAUGCAACUCCAGCAAACUCCAACAAGCCAAAGCUUAGGAAAUGCACUUCUCUAAAGGUGGCCUCUUCGUUCACUCGAGCAUGUCUCUGUGCUCCCAUCUCUUCCUACAAUGAGGUGUUUCGAGCCGCCGUCCCACCGCGAAGAAGCUACGGCUUAUCGAGAUCAAAAUCUUUUGUGGCACCUGAUAGAGUCAUGAACACAAGAACCUCGGUGGAAGGGCGGAGGGUGUUCAGGGGUAAGUCGUUAACCGACGACAUCUUGAUGAGAAGAUUUGUGGUUGAAGAGGAAGCAAUGAUGCAGCUGAGGAGGAGGAACCAGAUGGAAUUUGUGAGGAAGAGGAAUGCCAUGAGAAGGAAAAAACUUGGGCCCAGUCCUCUCCGCAGGAUGGUAAUGGCUGGAGAAGAGUAGUUCUUUGCUUUUGAGUUUGAAGUUUCGACGGAUACUGCGGUAUCUCUUUUUUAUUUCUCCUUGAAAUGAGCAUGUAAUUGCCGGAUCACUCCAAAUGGAGCUUCCUUUCAUUUCUUCAUGAGAACUUGAUGUAGAAAGAACUUAUCCUUUUUAUUUGGACAGAAGAAAAAUAUGAGAGUGUACUUAUUGGUUCAUUUGAUCUCCAAACCAAGUUUCGAAAAA